AUGCUGGUCGCUUUUGGGAUAUCUCCAAUGGAAAUCAAACUUUGCGGACGUUACAAUGAACAUAGCGUUUUUAUCGAUAUAAUCAGAAAGAUUUCUUUUCAAUAUGGAGAAAAAGGAGAAAUGGCAAAGCUGAUAUUGAGAAACCAUGAGUUAUUGUUGCUACACAUUAGUGGGACCACGAAGUUGCACAGUGAUGACCAAGAGUCGGUGUUUCUGACCACGAGUCAAAUGCUAUUUCUCAAUAGUACUCGGCCUUUAGAUGAAAAAAAUUCGUCGGAUGUAAAUGCUUUUUGGAGAAAUCGCGAUAAUAUAGAUAUACUAAGGAAGAGAAAACUGUGGCAAAUAGAAUCUUCUGAUUUGGACUAUAUACACAUGCGAGAUCAACAACUGGAAAAACAAGUUAAGCUUAUUCGAGAUAAUACAAUCAAAGCCCAAUAUAUCGAGCAGACUCAAAGUCGAUUUUUUGAGACAAAUGCAUCUGUAAUGAACAUCUCAAGUAUUUUAAAUGAUACUGAAAAGUCUCAUUCUAUAAUCGUUCCUAAUGAUGAUAGUUUUAAGACACCGCCUCCAAGACCACGCGAAAUAACCCUAACCACACCACAAAAAUCAACACUUUGUGACCAAACUAUGCAACAUUUGGUCAGACAUUUUUCAGUAAACGUCAACAAACAAUGUGUGAUAAUGAAAGCUGAGAAGGUUGAUACUUUUCCAAAAGAAAUUCGUAAUUGGCUUGUAGAUGUACUAUCGUCAGAAAAAGGUGCAUUUGAAAAUGCUAUUAUGAGUACGCCAAAUCCUGAUCAUCCAUUUCGGGAAGUCUGCAAAAACAUCCUUUUCGAUUUAGGUGCGAAAAUGUUGUUUCCGGAAUUUGAUUUGACGUUACAUAAAGUAGACGGGAUCGGUUUUAAGGUUUCUAGCAAUAAAGAAAUCGUAUUUAUCGAAGUAUCAGGAGGAUCGGAAGAUCCUGUUUUAAAGCAUGUUAGAGAAGACACGGAGAAACUUAUAAAAGAGGCUAUGAUGCCAUUUUCUUUCGAAGAAGUCGAAAAAUUUAUUGAAGUGUUUGAACUUUUAUACGCAUUGGUGGAUGAUGGGCUUAAAAAUCAAUCAAGCUCAUUAAAAAAAAUUAUGCUUUCCGAUUCUAUUAGUAACGGACCUACAGUUCGGGAUUGGAUAUGGGUUCCAAAUACAAAUUCAACGUGGGAAAAUACAGAA